CGCUGCGGAUACAAAAAAAGAGAAAGGGAAAAUACGAAUAGCUAGCUAAGAACAGCGAAAAAACUAUUUACAUUUUACUCUUGUUUAUACAUUUUGCGGAUGCUAGAUAAGUAUUUUUGACUAACUAUGUCAAGUAACUUAUGUUACGGAGAGAGAUGAUAGAUAUUUAAGAAUAUUUAGCUGUUUAUUUAGCAUUAGCUUAGCUAUUAUUGGCUAGCUACAGGCUUAGUUAGCUAACGUUAGCUACCAAGGAAAUUGUUUGACAACACAUUGUCUGGGUGACUAGCUAUUUCACUCUCUUUGUUUUUAUCUUUGACUUGAUCUUGGUGAUAAUGGCAACAUCGGCCCUGUACGCGUGUACGAAGUGUAACCAGCGGUAUCCUUUCGAAGAACUGUCGCAGGGACAGCAACUGUGCAAGGAGUGUCGCAUCGCUCAUCCCAUCGUCAAGUGUACAUACUGCAGAUCAGAGUUUCAGCAGGAGAGCAAAACAAACACAAUUUGCAAGAAAUGUGCCCAGAAUGUAAAGCAGUUUGGGACGCCUAAACCCUGCCAGUAUUGUAACAUCAUUGCUGCUUUCAUUGGAACAAAGUGUCAGCGUUGCACUAACUCAGAGAAGAAGUAUGGCCCUCCACAGACCUGUGAGCAGUGCAAACAACAGUGUGCAUUUGACCGCAAGGAAGAGGGUAGGAGGAAGGUGGAUGGGAAGCUGCUGUGCUGGCUAUGCACUCUGUCCUACCGCCGUGUGCUGCAGAAGACCAAGGAGCAAAGGAAAGGCUUCAGCUCCUCCCACUCCAACUCCUCGCUCAAUGAGAAGGACCACCACUCCAGGCAGCAGCAGCAUCAUCAACACCACCAGCAGCACAGACACAGCAGCUCACAUAAACUCAGUGGGAGCCUAAGUCCAGAGCAGGAGCAGGGACUGUGGAAGCAGAGGUCUGAUGGAGAGCCUCAGUGGCUAAGGUUGUGUGUUGGUUCUCCCCUCAGCCAUAAAUCGUCUUCGAUCCAGAAGGAGACCCCAAAGAAGAAGCCAAAACUGGAUGUGAAGCCAUCCAACGGGGACAGGUACGAGAGGAGUUUCAAUCACAUUAGUUCCAUUACCCAAUCUAUGGAUUCUGGAGGAACGGACAACUUUAUUCUGAUCAGCCAGCUGAAAGAGGAAGUGAUGUCAUUAAAGAGAAUGCUUCAACAGAGGGAUCAGACAAUACUGGAGAAGGACCGAAAGCUCACAGAACUCAAGGCAGACUUCCAGUACCAGGAAUCCAACAUGAGGGUUAAGAUGAACAACAUGGAGAAGGUGCACAAAGAGGCCAUGGAACAGCAACAGGCCAAAAACCGGGAGCUGCUGAAACAAGUGGCCGCCCUCUCAAAGGGCAAGAAGUUUGACAGGACGGGGAGUUCACUGCUGUUACCGUAACGACAAGCCCACCCAACCACGGCUCAGUGGCUUCAUUGUUUUAACACUGUGAAAGCCUGAUGCCAUUCUACCUUUCCCUCCCUCCUUCCUGUGUUUUCUCAAUCAUUUUGAUCUUUUCAGUUAUGUUAUUCGUUGGAAAACAGGUGACCAUGCUAUACAUGGAAAUCCUCUUUCAUGUUGGCAUGACAAUAAGGACACAUCCUCAAUUUCAACAUGUUUUAAAUGUUCUAACCCUGAGUUUUACUCUGCCACUGGAUGUGAUGUGACUGUGGAUGAGGAGAGAGCCUCGUUAACACUGCCCGGGUCCAGCAGCAUGUUUUGUGCAAGGUGGAUACGAUUCUGUCAACAUCACAGAUCCCACUUGAUUUUUUACGGAUGUCAUGCAAUCUUAUUUAUUCAAUUACAUUUUGUAGCUUUUGGUCUUUUUCUCACCACAUACUCAGAGCAUUGCCCAGGUUUGGGAAAUGUUUUUUCUUCAACAGCAACUUUCUCGUAACAUAUUAAUUAUAUUUUUCUAAAUGGACGUAAUUAUGGAAGAGAAACUCCUCCUUAUUGGAGACCCUUCUCAACUUACUAUGUAUGCAAAUGUCAAAAGGAUCACUGACAACAGCAUUGCUGGCCAGUAGCAGAGACCUUUAGACGUUAAAGUCCAAAAACCAUCAACUCUAUGAGAGAUUUUUAAACUUUGUUUUGUAGAGACACUUCCCGGCUGCCCUCUUUCUCACUGUGACAGCUGUAGUGCUUUGCUGUUUUUCUGUAGUGGAAAGAUUUGUAAUACUGCAUGACUUACUGACAUACAAGUUAGCAUUGUGGUCUCCUGUACUAUAAUGUAGGGUUUCUCAAAUUGGGUUUCACGGGCCCCUGGGGAGGUAAUGCAGGAGGUCUGCAGCCAGAUCUCAAAAUAACAGUUUUUGUUUUAAAUUUGAAAAGAAAAUCAUGAAUAUUACUAACAGAUGAAUUAUUAAAUUAGGUGUGUUGAAGGGAUCUGUGGAUUAAGUUUAGAGGGUAUAAUUCAAUGUAAUAUUAUUCAUCUACGGUUUGUUCUUAACUUUGGGCAGAAUGGCCCUGGGAGGCUCACAGGGAUAUUGGUAUCCACAGUACUCCACCAGUUAUCUAUUUUUCAACUCAUUACUUGUCCCCCUCUCACCCAAGAAAAUGCAGAACAUGAAUGCACUGUAAUUAAAGUUCUCUCUGCCUCGUAGAAAAAUGUGUAGAAUUGCAGGACAUUAGCUUGUAGGGUAUUAGCUUGUAUGCUACUUCUUCUCACUCGAGUUGUGUUCUGGUUAAGAGGGGGUCCCUGAUGAAUUUGGUAUGACAAGAGUCCCCGGCCCCAAAAAGUUGAGAACCCCUGCUGUAAUGUACUUUUUCAGCCUUUAAAAAACUGUUUUUUUAUACGUGUAAAGGUAUUACAGGGAUCAGCCUAUGUAUUUAAAAUGUGUAACUUGUAUCGGUUUUAGUGAGUGUGUGUGUGUCAGGUAAGGCUGGUUAAUUAUAUAAAUACAUCUGUAGAAUACGCUUUUUAAAGGAACGUACCAUUUCAGCUCUGCACCAAACUGAGCUGGUUUCAUACUGUGGCGUUCUGAUCACUUUUGUACUUUUUCCAAACCCAAUGUUUCAAAAAUAUUAAAUCUGGUUAAACAUA